AUGACGAUGGUGGUGAAGCAGGGUUUUCGGUCAUGGAGCUCGCCUGAUCCUAACUUUCUCUCAAAUUUUCCCAUUUCAUCUCUUAAAACACGAAAAUUUCUCAAACCCACUUCUCCUUUCUUCGCAAUUUUUGCUGGGCUCAAGGGCACAAGCCAAAAUGCCAGCAAUAUCAUCAGUUGUAUGAGAAAAGACAGCAAAAAUGGAGAAUCGCAGCAAAGUUCACUGUGCAUUUUUAACUUCAAGGAGAGAAUGAUAUCAAGAUUUCCAUUAGCGGUCUUAGCUGCCCAUGCAAUAAUGUUCCAUAAACCUCUUCUAGUACUUGCGGAAACAUGCGAAGCUGACAAUUCAAUUUUGAAUAUGAACAUGCCAUUGUUACUCUUUGUUGCUCUAAUUGGAGCUACAGUUGGAGGACUUGUUGCACGAAAGAGGAAAGGAGAACUGCAGCAACUGAACGAACAACUUAGACAGAUCAACGAGUCACUAAGAAGGCAAGCUAAGAUCGAAUCAUAUGCCCCGAGUUUGAGUUAUGCUCCGGUUAGUGGCAAGCUUACAGAGGAUGAAGUGAUUGUUGACCCCAGAAAGCCCGAUUUAAUAUCCCGUCUCAAAAACGGGAAAAGAUUCUUAAGAAAUCAAGAACCAGAAAAGGCGUUCGCGGAGUUCAAAUCCGCACUUGAGCUCGCGCAGAAUCUGAAAGAUUCGAUUGAGGAAAAAAAGGCUGCAAGAGGCGUAGGAGAGAAUACUAUUAAGACUCCCAGUAGCGGUCUUAGCUGCCCAUGCAAUAAUCAACUGAACAAACAGCUUAGACAAAUCAACGAGUCAUUAAGAAGGCAAGCUAAGAUCGAAUCAUAUGCCCCGAGUUUGAGUUAUGCUCCGGUUAGUGACAAGCUUACAGAGGAUGAGGGGAAAAGAUUCUUAAGGAAUCAAGAACCAGAAAAGGCGUUCGCCGAGUUCAAGUCCGCACUCGAGCUUGCGCAGAAUCUGAAAGAUCCGAUCGAGGAAAAAAAAGGCUGCAAGAGGAGGGCAUCCCUACAAAGACAAGGCAAAUAUCAAGAUGCCAUAAAGUACCACACGCUCGUUCUUGAAAUCUCACAAUAUGGAGCAAUAGCCGAUUGUUAUACUGAACUCGGAGAUUUGGAACGAACCGCGAAAUAUUAUGAUCAGUAUAUUUUG